AUGGGAUCCAGUGCAAAGAAAAAGAGGGAGAAGAAGAAAGACUUUCAGAAACCAAAAUUGAAAGUUGGAAAGGCCAGGCCAAAGGCAGCCAAUACGACAGACACAAGUUUUCGUUCCAAAGCAAUUGUCUUGAACCAACAGCUUGAUAUCCACGCUCCGUCUGAGUCAGCCAAGUUUCUCCACCAGGUCUCGCUGUUAACUUCUCGAUCGGAUCCUCAGCGACGAGAUGCGCUAGCAUAUUUGACGACUUACGUGACCUCAACUCCAGAAGGAGCCUCCCUUCCGACGACUGCAAGCUCAUUACUCACUGCCGUGUGUCCACUCAUCCUCGAUGGUUCUAAUGGCGUUCGAAACCAGCUACUGAAACUCUUCCGAGUCCUGCCAGAAGAGGAUGUGAAGGAUCAUGUUGUCAAGAUCUUGCCUUAUAUGCGGGCUGGUAUGACCCAUCUAUCUAAGGAUAUUCGACUUUCAGCAGUAGAGUUCUUAUCCUACUUGAUCGGAAUCGCAGGAGACGAGUUGGUGUCCAGCCCAGGUGGCUGGUAUCAAACAUUGGAGUGCUUUACUACAGUCCUUGGUUGGAGAUCUACAGACUCAAGCAAAUGGUCAGCAAACAAAGCAUCCUUUGGAGGUGAUAUCAAGUCAACCACACGAAUUAUGGUUGUCCUUGCUGAAUUUCUCCGGACGGGACUUGUCUCUGAUAAAGAUAUCAGCUCAAAUUCCAACGUCCUUGCAAUUGACUUUCCCUUGUGGCAGGUGAGGGCAAUCGCAAUUCCUACUAAAUCAAGUGCAUAUGCCUAUCUCAAUCUGUUCGGGCCUCAAACUGAGGCUGACAAUCAAAUGCUUGAAGACCGAGAAGACAGGAUGGAGGUCUUCUCCAAGCAUUUUGAAGCAGUCAUUACAGCCGGCAUAGACGCCGCCAAAAAGGAGGGCGGAGAACUUGGUCGUGCAUCAGGCUUACUUGUCAAGGCACUCAGCCUUUCACACAUUGGCUAA